CUGCUCUUUGAGCUUCCCUUUGAGCAAGACGGCACUCCGAAUAGGCCUGCACGCAGAGAGGGAGAGAGGGAGAGAGAGAGAGAGAGAGAGAGAGAGAGAGAGGGUCCCGGUCAACGGGACAAAAAUAAAUGUAAAGCGCGUCCGAGGAGGUAGGAGGUGGAGGCCACCACCACCACUAAUCCGCCCCGGUCGCCGUCCAUGGCGGUUACCCGAUUUUCUUCCCGAAAAUGACCUCGGAAUGUGUUAAUUUUUUUUAAAAAAUAAAUUUUAUGGUAUGAAAGGAUUACAUCGGAUUAAAUCAUUAAAUAAAAAAAAUUUAGUAUUUUUAUAGAGAAAAUUAAGAAACGGAAAUCAGUUUGUUGGGGUGGCACCGUGGCGGGGGGCAGAGACGGAGAGGGACGCGAGAGGAGAGAGAAAGGAGGACAAAAUAGGGGAGAGAGAGAGAGAGAGAGAGAGAGAGAGGACAGAGGAGAGAGAGAGAGAGAGAGAGAGAAGGCCAAACCCACCCCACCUCCCCACGAGAGCUUCUCUGUCUUUCUUCGACGAAAGAUGGUCGAAGAGAGGUUCUUCUGAGAAAUCAUUCGCAGAAGGCAGUCAGAAAAUUUUUUAUUUUUUAAUUUUUUUUAAAAAUUUGAUUGUUGUUGUGGUCGUCAUUUUCUCGGCUGCCUGAAGUCUCUUUCUUCUUCUCUUACCAAUCACAGCCACCGUCUUCUGCUACAAUUCUCAACUGCUUUUCGUUUAAUGCCUAUCCACCCCCAGCAAAAUUAGGUUAUUACCAAUCCACUGCGCCACAAAAAAAAGCUUUGUUCUCCUUCACCAUUUUCUUCAUUCUUUACGCUCUGUUCAGAUUGAGGAGAUUGCUUUGAGAUAAUCCGGUGAGCCAGGUUAUGCGCUUGUCGACCAAAAGGGUGUUGUAAGAUCAAUUAAAAUUAUAAAAAUGAGGGACCCCAAUGUGAUUUUCGGACGCAACAGCCCCGGGGAUUUCCCUCUCAUUUGUAAUAUAUUUUUUGCAUAGCAGUGCUUUUUUUUUUUUUUUUUGUGUUUAUAGAUUUACAUAGAUUUGGGAGUUUGUAGAAUUUGUGAUGUUUCUUGCUUAGUUAGCUGGGGGUGUUUUGUAUUUCAAGAGAAAAAAAAAAGAAAAAAAAAAAGAAAAAAAAAAACUGGCGAUAUUGUAUAGCGCCUUGUAUAGCGUCUGUACCCCAACCACUGCAGCAUUCGGUUGAACGAGCAAUGGGGAGAAGAUGGAACGCUUUUGGAUUCCGGUUCUUAUGUUUCGUGGUUUUGCUCUUGGGCGUGGAGAUUCAAGGGUGUUGGUCGCUCAACCCAGAAGGAUUGGCUUUGUUGGAAUUCAGGGCAAGAGUGGAUUUUGAUCCGUAUGGUGCCUUUGCAAAUUGGAAUCCUGAAGACAGCAACCCUUGCAUGUGGUUGGGGGUUCAUUGUGUGGACAGCGAAGUGCAGAUGCUGGAUCUGAAUGGGUUCUAUUUAAAAGGAAGUUUGGCACCUGAACUUGGAAAACUAAUUCAUUUAAGAUCUCUUAUACUCUACAAGAACCAUUUUUCUGGUAUCAUUCCUAAAGAGAUCGGAGGGCUAACAAUGCUGGAGCUACUGGACCUCCGGGAUAAUAAUUUGAGUGGCAGAAUUCCUGCAGAAAUUGGGAGGAUGCUGUCACUGAGACGCUUAUUGCUUGGUGAUAAUAAAUUUGAAGGCAGCAUUCCUGUGGAGCUAUGGAAGCUUAAUUUGCUCUCUGAACUGCAAAUUGAUGGAAACCUCACAUCAGCACUUGCAACAAGAAUUGGCUGCAUCAAUAGAAAAUUUGGACACUGCAUCUGGCAGAGCAGUUUGAAACGAAUGAACAAGGCAAAUUCCUUCAUCGGUCCAAUCAAGGGGACACUUAGACAUUACUUCAAUGCUCUGCAGAUGUUCAAGUUUGGGAAGGGUUCUUUGCAUGGACACAGAAAUAAGUACCACAAUAAUGUACCAAGUUCAUCUGAUCUGCACGUGGUUCAAAAUGUGCCAAAUCCUGCUGAGUUUGUACGCCGAAGACUGCUUGAACAGGCUAGUAACCUCCCUGCAGCACCUGCUACUGGUGGUUCCCCCCCUGGACAGAUCACUAGCCUUCCGACCACUCGAAGUAGUGGUGCUUUCCCCGCUAUACCAAAUGGAAAGAACAAAUCCCAUGUUCCAGCACCCGAGUCUUCUACCAAUCCUCCACUGCAGAAAACUCCGAAAACACCAUCUUCACAAUCCUCUACUGAUUCUGCUGCCAAGCAAGCUACUGGAACAUCUGGAAAUUCUUGGAAGUAUUAUUUUGUGAUUCCGGGUGUGUUUGUCUUACUCAUUGUUUCUGUAGCCAUGAUCUGUAUAUGUCGACGCCGAGGAGUGACAACCAUAGGUCCUUGGAAGACUGGACUGAGUGGACAGUUGCAAAAAGCCUUUGUUACAGGGGUUCCCAAGUUAAAUAGAGCAGAGCUAGAAACAGCCUGUGAGGAUUUCAGCAACAUUAUUGAUACUCUUGAUGACUGCACUGUGUACAAGGGAACACUAUCAAGUGGAGUGGAGAUUGCUGUGGCUUCAACUUCAGUUGCAUCAUCCAAAGACUGGUCAAAGCGCUCGGAAAUAACCUACCGUAAAAAGAUUGAUUCACUUUCCCGAGUAAACCACAAAAACUUUGUCAAUCUUAUCGGCUACUGUGAGGAGGAUGAACCCUUUAUUAGGAUGAUGGUGUUCGAGUAUGCUCCAAGUGGAAGCCUCUUUGAGCAUCUGCAUGUUAAAGAAAUGGAGCAUCUUGACUGGAAUGCUAGGACAAGGAUCAUUAUGGGAACAGCUUAUUGCCUUCAGUACAUGCACCAUGACCUGAAUCCACCUGUGGCACAUUCCAACCUGAAUUCUACUGCCAUCUAUUUGACAGAUGAUUAUGCUGCAAAGAUUGCUGAGAUUGGUUUCUGGAAAGAACUGGCAUCCAAAUCGAAGCUCAUAGGUGAAGAUGGAUCAGAGCAUUCUGAUCUUCCACCCUAUUCGGACCCAGAAUCAAAUGUCUACAGUUUUGGAAUAUUGUUGCUUGAAAUCAUAUCGGGGAAGCUCCCAUACUCUGAAGAACUAGGGUCCCUUGUGAAAUGGGCUUCUGCAUACCUGAAUGACAAGCGAAGCAUAAGCUACUUGAUUGACCCGAGCCUCAAAUCCUUCAAAAAUAACGAGCUUGAUGUCAUCUGUGAGGUAAUCCAAGAUUGCAUUCAACCAGAUACAAGGCAGAGAGCUACAAUGAGAGAAAUCACUUCCAAACUGAGGGAAGUGAUUGCUAUUUCCCCUGACGCGGCAACCCCAAGACUUUCUCCCCUAUGGUGGGCUGAGCUUGAGAUUCUAUCUGUGGAGGCAACUUAAGUACCACAGCUCUUUUCUCCAUGUUGUAAGUCAUGUCUCUCUCUUCCUUUGUAUCAUUUUUCAGAAGAAUAGCCUUCUAAUCCCCCUGCGGCAACUAAGUUCCAUCAAUUCUCACCAUUCAGCCUAUUUUUGUCCAUCCCUUUUGUGAUCUGUCAUUUUCAUUCUAUUCGAUUCUUUUUCCAUUAUUUCCAUACAAAACAAAGUGUGUUUCGGUUUUUUUCACUUGGGGGUGCCUUGCCUUCGAUUUACACAGGUUAUGUAUUGUGAUUUAUGUUUGGUUUGUAAAAAUAUCACACACUAUGUGGGAUCAUAGUCCCACUAAUUGCUUCAACUUGUAAACAUUUCUUAUGAGAAAAAAAAAAGGGGGGGCUACUCUACUACUACACUCCCUCAUCACAUUAUCCCAACAAA